AUGUCUGGUAGAGGAAAAGGCGGUAAAGGUCUCGGAAAGGGUGGUGCUAAGCGCCAUCGCAAAGUCUUGCGCGACAAUAUCCAGGGAAUCACAAAGCCUGCGAUUCGCAGACUUGCUCGUCGUGGUGGUGUGAAGCGUAUCUCUGGCCUCAUUUACGAGGAGACCAGGGGCGUUCUCAAGGUCUUCCUGGAGAGUGUCAUCAAGGAUACAGUUACCUACACCGAGCACGCGCGCAGGAAGACUGUAACUGCCCUUGAUGUUGUUUAUGCUCUGAAGCGUCAGGGCAAGACCCUCUACGGCUUCGGAGGUUAG